CUAUAGGCCUAUUGAGUAUUGUGUAUGACUGAGAUCUUGACAUUUAACGCUCGUCAUACCAGUAUGAAGACAACAUUUGAGAGGGUGAACGAUCGUAGAUUUAGAGUAUAGAACCUGCUCAUAGAUUAUCAAAUGGUGAGAGGAUCCCGACCCGUUCAAUAUGACUUCAAGCGGGUUGGUCGUUCCCAUCGUAUUGUGGGGCAAGACAGCCCCUACUCACUGCAUAUCGGCCAUUUUGGUGACCAGCGAUCAGCAGACCAUUAUCACAGGGUGUCACGAUGGUCAGGUCAUCCUGUGGGACCUCAAUGAUAACAUGAAGGUGGUACCACGGAAUAUGCUUUUUGGGCACUCCUCUUCCAUCACGUGUUUGGCCAGAGCCAAUGAAAAUUGGGAAUCUGCAAACUUUGUCAGUGCUGCAGAAAAUGGUGAAAUUUUCCUGUGGGAUGUUUCUGAUGGCAGAUGUAUAGAACAAACCAAGGUCCCAGGAGUUCACCUCACAAUGCAUCCUUACCAAGUAACACAGGGUUCAAGCAGAGAAUGGCGUAUCAUCUGUCAGGGAUACUAUCCUGAUAUUCAUGUCCUUGAUGCUGGUAGUUUAGAACUUCUCUACACCCUCUCCUCUAAGGUAGCUCCCGAUUGGAUCUCUGCCCUCUGCGUCACUCGCCCCCUCAAACGACAAGAGGAUGUCGUGAUAGGGAUUUCUACAUCAGGAAUGCUGAAGGUUUGGAACCUGACUGGCAAUGAUAAGCAGGACAGUGAGCCAAAAAAUGAGGAGGAAUGUAAGCAGCUCAGAUGCAGGAAUGCCAGGUCUCUAGCUGUAUGCGCUUUCACUCUCAGAACAGUGCUCGUUGUGUGUAGUAAACAAUGGCAGAUUUGUGAUGCGGGCGAUUUCUCCCAGCUAUGCGUCCAGUACUGUGAGAAGGGUCAGCAUUGGUCUGGUGGUGAUUUCAUUGCUGCUGACCGCGUCCUGGUAUGGAGUAACCAAGGCAAAGGUUACCUCUAUCAGCUACCAUCCAACUGCAUCCCUGAGAGUGAUGAUUUCCGAAGUAACAUCGGUCAGAACCAGAACAUUCCUAGCGCCAAACCCUUUCUCUACUGUAUCCUUGAAGCACCCAUGCACAAGAAUAUACAUUCUUCUACUCAGCCACUCUCUUGCUCUCCUGCAAUGACGUUCUUCUACGGUCGACGUGGCCCAUUCUACAAGCUGUUUGCAUGUGGGGAUUCCUCAGGAAGGGUUACUGUGUGGAAGGUACCCGAGGUAUCGGACAAAGAGCUCAGCUAUCUCAAACAAGAAGAGUUUGAUACACUACCAGUGAUGCCCCCAACAGCAAGCAACAGCCUCAAAUCAACGUGGGAAUCUUGUAGUCCCAAACCUAGCGGUAUCAUAGACCAACUGAAUGUAUCCAGUGAUGGUACACAGGAGAAACAGCUUGUGGUAACGUCCAGUGUGUACAUCCCUAGUCAGGGUUGGAUAGUAUGCGGAAGACAAGAUGGCAGCAUCGCAAUCGUACCGGCCGUACAGACGGCCAUCGCACAGCUACUCGAAGGUCCUCAUACUGCACGGAGAGGCUGGCCGCCCCAUCGGAUCCUACGAGGUCACCAAGGCAAGGUGACCUGCCUGAUGUACCCCCAUCAGGAGAAUAGCCGCUAUGACCCCUCCUACUUGGUGUCGGGCGGAGUGGACUUCACCAUCACCCUCUGGGAUAUAUUCGCUGGUAGCAUGAUGCAUACCUUCUGUGUCCAUGGAGGAGAACUCACAAGGAUUGUCAUCCCACCUGCAUCAUGCAAUGCUCGAGUGCUGACAUGCGUUUGCACCGUAGCCAGCGAUCACUCGGUGGCUCUGCUGAGCCUACGAGAUAGGAAGUGCAUGCUUCUGGCCAGUCGACACCUGUUCCCCAUCAGGCACAUUAAGUGGCGACCGGCAGAAGACUUCCUCAUUGUUGGACUGGAAGACAACAGCGUGUUUGUCUGGCAGAUGGAGACAGGUCACUUGGACAGAGUAGCUGAAGGUAGUACUGCAGAAGACAUGCUUGAGGCUUGUGAUGCUGUAGGAGAGACAACAGAGAUGAUGCUGACUCCAGCCCAAAGCAUCGCCCAGGCCUUCCGUCGUCGCUCCCUGACGGCCAUUAGGAACGCAGCCCACCGUACCCUCCUUGCUGCUGCCCAAGGCUCCAUGCUCAAUGUAGCUAGCGGAGGAGACAUAGCAGACAAGGACCCCAAUCAUGCCCUCACCAUCCAGGCCAUCAAGUCCAACGUCAAAGAUCCAGACUUUCAUGUGCUGUUCUUCGAUGCUGAGAACCUCAUUGUCCAGCUCUUGACAGACAAGAACCUGAUCCCAGGGAUUAUCAACAAGGGCGCGCAGGGGGAGCUGGCAAAGAUGGCUGCCCACGCUGCCAAGGCAGGAUCAGGACAAUCACCAAAGCUGUCUCAAAAGUUUGUUGGUUUCAUCUCAGAGCAGAUCAAGAAGCAAAUAGGGGACAGCGACUCAGAUUCAGAUGAGCUGGGUCCAUUGCGUCCGCCAAGGGCAUCGCAGUCUAAGGGUGGAGCCAAGCGCAGGGGACCUAAGCAUUUGACCCUGGACUCUAAUCACCUCACACUAGACAUUGCACAACUCUUCAUGUCUUGCCUCCAUGCUUGGGGCUUGGACCCAUCUUUGGAUGAGAUUUGCAAAGAUAAGCUGGGGCUGCUGAAGCCGUUCUGCCCAGUUUCGUUUGGUCUGCUGUCCCAUGGUGCCCACAUGUCUCUCAUGCUUCCUGGAUGGCACCAUUUGAUGGCACAGGAAGUCACUCCAGCUCACUCACCAGACCCCAGUACAAUGUCUGCCAAAGAAGCCCUGGAACUCAAGAAGAGAAGCCAGCAGGAGCUACAAUCUAUUGCUAAUGAGGCACCCAAGCCUGGCUACCUAGGUCAUUGGGAGUUAUCACGGGCAGUCACCACUCAGCAUCUUCUCUCAGUCAUCUCAGUGGCUAACACCCUCAUGGGAAUGAACAAUGCAAGCUUCGUCAUGCUCUCACACCUACGCAAAGCCAAGCCAAAGAGAUCCUCCAGCAAGGGCAAAGAUUCAACAGAUAAUGGAACUGAUGAUUUAGCAGACCUCACUCCAGAACAAGCACAAAUCAAACAAGGAUGGAGUCUUUUGGCUGCCUUGCACUGUGUUUUGCUACCUGACCUGCUAGGCAGUGUUCAUUACAAACCUCCAUACUUGGAGAUGCUGGCAAGGAGAUGGCAAGAUAGAUGUCUAGAGGUGAGAGCAGCUAGUCAAGCAUUGCUGCUGGCAGAGCUCCAGCGCAUUGGCACAGACGGGAGGGAAGAAGUGAUCAACCAGUGGGCACCCCACCUCCCGCACUACGUGGACUCGUCCGUCAGUCUAACUGCCCCUGUGCAGAGUGGGCAGAGUCCAUUAGCAGGAGGAGGGGUGGUCAGGGAUGGUCACUUUGAUACAGGGAGCAGUGAUAGCUCAGAGAUGGAGAAUGAAGAGGAAAUCCUUUCUGGUGAUUCUCCGAUUAGGAAAGUCUCCUCAUCGUUUGAGUCGCGUAGGAAGCAAGCUACAGCCAUCGUAAUGCUGGGUGUGAUUGGAGCUCAGUUUGGUGCUGAGAUCCAACCCAGCCGACAGAGGGCGCCAAGCAAUACUAGCAAUCGACCUAUCCAGCAGGGCUUCGGUCUGAGCGACUACUCCCUGGCAAGACAUACAGCUCAAGCCCUUGCAUUCCUGCUGUUGCAACCGCCCAGUGUGAAGCUCCCUGCCCACACCCCCAUCCGUAGGGCAGGGAUUGACCUGAUGGGAAGGGGUUUUACCGUCUGGGAACCCUUCAUUGAUGUAUCAGCUGUCCUGCUUGGACUCCUAGAGUUAUGUUGUGACCCUACCCUAUACUCUGCGUGUAUUUACAGUGGUCUCCCAAUCACCCCAGCCGCCGACUCCUGCCGUAGCGCCCACCACGCCCUGUCUCUGAUCGCCACAGCCCGCCCAGCAACCUUCAUCACCACCAUGGCCAAGGAGGUGGCUCGUCACCAGGCAUUGGCUUCCAAUGCCCAGGUCCCGGCCAGCGUGCUCAACACUAGCCCGCUGCAGAAGGCCAAGGCUGAGAUCCUACGCAUCGUCGAGCUCCUCAUUGAGAAGAUGCAGAAUGACGUCUCGGAUCUACUUGUGGAGGUUGUGGACAUUGUGGUGUUCUCGCUGGACACUAAUCAGGUGAAGUCCAAGGGGUUGAUGGAGGUGUUCCCGUCCAUCUGCCGCUUCAACAUGCUGAGCUACUGUCACAGCAGCAAGAGGCUGGCCGUGGGUGCCAAGACUGGAGCUAUCACCAUGCAUGAUCUCAAGAGUGGCAAAACACAGGUAUUGUCUGGUCACCAGACAGCUGUGACCGCCCUAUCCUUCUCAACCGAUGGCAAGCACCUGGCAUCCUAUUCGUUUGGUGACACAAAGCUCUGCUUCUGGCAGUCUGGAGCAUCACUGCUGGGAGGGAUGAUCAGUUCAUCAACCAAGUGUGUCAAGUGCUAUAUGACCAAACCCUUCAACUGUACCUCCACCGCUAACCAGCUUAGACAGGUCUCGGUCACCUGGCCACACAGCAAGGCCAUCAUCCUGAGAUACCUGGAUGGCACCAUGGAUAAGUUCUCACUCUAGAAUCAUAAUGUUCUUAAAGACUACUUGGACAGAUCUCUGUCACAUGGCUACAUAGCAAGGCUAUCAUUCUGAGAUACCUGGAUGGCACCAUGGAUAAGUUCUCACUCUAGAAUCAUAACGUUCUUAAAGACUACUCGGACAGAUCUCUGUCACCUGGCCACACAGCAAGGCCAUCAUUCUGAGAUACCUGGAUGGCACCAUGGAUAAGUUCUCACUCUAGAAUCAUAACGUUCUUAAAGACUACUUGGACAGAUCUCUGUCACAUGGCUACAUAGCAAGGCUAUCAUUCUGAGAUACCUGGAUGGCACCAUGGAUAAGUUCACACUCUAGAAUCAUAAUGUUCUUAAAGACUACUCGGACAGAUCUCUGUCACAUGGCUACAUAGCAAGGCUAUCAUUCUGAGAUACCUGGAUGGCACCAUGGAUAAGUUCACACUCUAGAAUCAUAAUGUUCUUAAAGACUACUUGGACAGAUCUCUGUCACAUGGCUACAUAGCAAGGCCAUCAUUCUGAGAUACCUGGAUGGCACCAUGGAUAAGUUCACACUCUUAAUUACGACGUUCUGAACAUAAUAACAUGAGGACUUAUUAUCAUGAGGCUAUGUAACAGUUUUGCAGAAGAAGUCAUUGUAGAUUACUCAUUUGUAAUAUUAGAAGUCAACUCCUCUCUAUUCGUUGAGAAAUUUGUGAAUAUUCCGUCGCAUCCAUGUAGAGUGUAAUUAUGUUAUACAUUGUAUACUGCAGACAUUCCUCCCCCCCCCCCCCCCCCCCCAUCUUCAUUCCUUAUGUAUGCAUAUCAUAAAUGUUUGUUGUUAUGUAUACCGGUAUUGAUGUCAAACUUCACCAAAAACGCUUCAUCUAAAUUUCGCUGAAGAGGAUUAAAUAUCAUGAUCCAUGAUAUAAAUGGAUGGAGUUAUCAUACAGCGCAUUUUUCCAUAAAAAAAGGUCUAAAUAUGCUUCAUCAUGAAUCUCGUUGUGAAUUAUUCUGGUAACUAUAUAUUUCAUGACUCCCAGGAAAGCUUAUUAGGUAGAUUGUAUCUGUUACCCCACUGUCAAUAAUGGACAAUAAUGGAUGGUUAUAUUGUAAUCAUAGCUGCAUAUGUUAUUGCAAAGAUACUGAUUUUAUGUCUUGAUGUUCAUAUCCUCCUCAGUAUUAGCAUCAAUCCAAAGGGUUAGGAUGUUUUAUGGAUAAACAUAUUCAAAAAGUGGAUUUCACAUUGUUGACAAAGUUAUCCAAUAUGAUUUUGUAGAGGAUUGCAUCGCGGACAACUUUUAUAUGAUCUGCUUUUUGUGUUAAAAAAACAAGGUAUUUCAUGACUUUCCAGUCAAUUAUACAUUAAAUGUUAUUCAUUAUUAAUGACUUUAGUGAUAUAUAUAUAUAUAUAAACUCUAAUAACAAGUAAACCCUGUGGAGUAACCUUUUUUCCUUAUGAUGUUUUUAAUCAAAAAUGAUAUAGCUCCCUCUGCAGUCAACUGAAUGUCAGUCAGAGAGUCAGUAUUUUAGUAAUGGUGGUGAUGUAUUACAUUCUUUCUUAAGAAAGGUUCAUCAAAGUGUAAAACUGAGCUUCUGGAAUGUUAUAGAGUUAAGGAAUUGUCAAGAAAGAGGAAUAAAUGUAGAAUUUGGUGUAGGAUUAUGAAUAAUUUUUAAUUUUUUUUAAAUACAUGUACUAUUUUGUUGAUCGGUAACAUUGUGGACUGUAUUUAAAAAUAUUCUUUAUAGAUCUGUUCCUCAAAUUAUCAUACAACUCAAGCUUUUAUUAAUCAUUUGCCAAAUACUGCAUUAUAUUUACCAUAUGUAAAUCAUGCUAGUCAUAAAUAUGCUCAUUGAUUUUGAAUUUAACCUUCUUUCAAACAGGUGAAAUAUUAUGCUGUUAUGGGGUAUCCACAGUGCUGAUAUAAUGUAUUUACUUGGUAUUAAGAUAAAGAAAUGUAGCUUUAAUAUAUAUAUAUAUAUAUAUAUAUAUAUAUAUAUAUAUAUAUAUACGUAACAAGUAAGAACAUUAGCAUCGAUUGGACUUCUGAAGAAAAACAAAUGAAAGAGAGAAACAGUAUCUUUGUGUUUAUAUCCUUAAUUACACACUUCAAUAUUCAUAUGUCUAAUGAUAUAAAACAAGCAGUACUUGAGUUUAUUUGGUUGAUUACUAAUCAAGGAUUAGUUUUAUGUCUUGGACAGUGGAAGGAAUAUAAAUCUUUUGUCUUAGCUAUCAUUGUUUAUUAUGGGAAAACCAUUAACAUAUAGUGCAAUUUUGUAUUGAAGAUGUACAUGUGAAUGUUGUGUAUAUGAAAAGUAUAUUAAUAAAUGUACAGUGCUAUAUAUUACCCUCCAAAA